AUGGCUCCGCAAAUGUCACCCCAACUGUCGCCGCAAAUGGCGAACCAAAUGACACAACAACUGAGUCCACAGAUGGGCAGACAAUACAGGUCUCAGGAGUUCCAGAGUCCUCACCGGGGCUUUCAAUCUAAUGAGUCGGACGCUUAUCAUCAAGAAUUCAGUGGACAACCGGUGACCGAAUCGAUACCUCAUUUCGGUCAUCAGAUUCCUCACUUGGAUAUGCAUUCCAUUCCUCAGAGUCAACCGCCAAUACCUACUGUUGUCACACAUAUGCACAGACCGCCCGUCAUCGAGGGUUAUGUGCCCGACAUUCAGGUUACGCAGACUCAGAAUAUACCACAGAAUAUACCGCAGGGUUUACCACAGGGUUUAGCCGCGGAUCUGAAUGUAUACAAAGAGUCGGAAUCAUUUAUCCCAAGCCAUCCGUCAGUGAUUGCGACCCAACACUUAGUUCAGGCGCCAACAGAUAUGAUCGACUUCGAUGACGUGGCUCUUGGAGUGGAUCCUCACCAUGAAGUACCAUAUAGUCAGCCAUUGGGUGCCUUUGAUGCCCAUCAGAACCAAAGUCAGUACCAAAUGACUGAUACUUCAACUGCAUAUCAACGCGAUGUAAGCGAUGGGCAAACUUAUAGUCAACAGACCAUCAAUGCCUCGAAUCCGAUGCAAGAGAUGGAUAACGAGGACACGAACGACGAUACAAAUGAGGCGACGAAUGAAGACUCCACUGAUCUCGAGACCAAUGAUGGGACGAACCAAAGCUUUUCAAACGAUGAGAUCAUCACCGAAAACGUCAAACCCAUUGAAACUAAUUUUUCUGUCCAACAAAUUAUGGGCCAAACAACUGAUGGACAAGAAUUGAUCUCAAAUGCAAACAAUACAUCCAGUUCUGGAGAUUCUGUCGAAACUGAUGUCGAUUCGGCUAAAGACGAGAAUCAAAUCGCGGAAAACACGGAAUCGAUUGACAAUAUAAAGUCAGAUGUGAUGGAAGCGGUAGAAGAGCCCAAAGAAGAGCUCAAAGAAGUGGACUCGUAUAUUGAAACUGAACCACAAGUUUCACAAACAAAUGUCGAAGUAUUUGAACAUAAAGUGGAGGCAAACGUUUCUGAAAAGCUAUCCACACAAACCACGCGUUUUGUUGAAUCUCCAGUUAUGUCACAUAUAGUGGAUUCCGUUCCCGAAGUAACCGUUGCUAAGUCUGAAUCAAGAGAUUUAUAUGUGAAAUCAGAUAAGUCACCUGUUAUUAAGACAACUACCAUAACGGCAGUGAAAGUGGAGACAGCGAUGAACGAACCGAUUCGACAAAACGGUGACAUUAGUGGCAAAAAAAUGUCUAAAAAUCAAAAGAAAAAACAGAGAAAGAAAUUACAAUCAAUGAGAAGACGAUUAGUCGAAGAGAAGCAAAAGCAAAACAAUGCGACCGAAAGUGACGAUAAAAUGGAUAUCGAGGACGAAGAGGAAGAAGAAGUGGAGAUCGAAUAUAUUCCGGAACAGAUGGAACAGAUAGCGAGGGACAGGGAUUAUCUGCAUUUCCUCAAAGUGUUUGAUAAAUUCCGAACGGGAGAGUCGGACAAAAGCAUUGGUUCACAAGAGGCUGAUGUCAUGGAUCCGGUCAAGAAGAUGAUGGAACGCAAGAAACCGGUGGAACUCGAACUCAAAGACGACGACGAGAAGAGAGACGGAGAGCACAAGGUUUCCAAACGAAAGCAAAAACAAAUGACUCGAAUGACAGUUUCCGAACUCAAACAACGAGUCAGUCAUCCGGAACUCGUGGAGAUGCAUGACGUGACCGCCAGAGACCCGCUUCUACUCCUCCAUCUCAAGUCGACUCGCAACUCAGUGCCAGUUCCGCGCCAUUGGUGUUAUAAACGCAAGUAUUUGCAGGGAAAGAGAGGGUUCGAAAAGCCGCCGUUCAAACUGCCGGAGUUUAUCCGUAAGACAGGCAUAAUGGAGAUGAGACAGGCCUUGCAGGAGAAGGAGGAGUCCAAGUCAUUGAAGGCGCAGAUGAGAGAGAAGAUUCGCCCAAAGAUGGGAAAGAUAGACAUCGAUUACCAGAAACUUCACGACGCGUUCUUCAAGUGGCAAACGAAGCCCAAAAUGACAAUUCAUGGCGACCUCUACUACGAGGGCAAAGAGUUUGAGACCCGACUUAAGGAGAAGAAACCGGGAGAACUGAGCAACGAGUUGAGGACCUCAUUGGGAAUGCCCACCGGACCCAACGCUCACAAGUGUCCGCCUCCGUGGCUCAUAGCUAUGCAACGGUACGGACCGCCGCCUUCCUAUCCCAACAUUAAGAUCCCGGGUCUGAACGCUCCCAUACCUGACGGCUGUUCGUUCGGCUAUCACGCGGGCGGUUGGGGUAAACCUCCAGUCGAUGAAUACGGGCGACCACUCUAUGGCGAUGUGUUUGGUGUGACCACUGCUGGCGAUCAGAAUCUCAUCGAAGAGGAAGUCGACCGAACCCUUUGGGGCGAAAUGGAAGAGGAGUCAGAAGAAGAAGAGGAGGAAGAAUCUGAAGAGGAGGAGACCGAAGAGACUGCCGGCGCUCCUAAACCCGCCUCCAAAGAAGUGGACGAAACAGGUUUCGCGACACCGGCUGAAGGAUUAAUAACUCCCAGCGGUUUGGCAUCGGUUCCAACGGGAACUGAAACACCGGAUAUGAUUGAAUUGAGGAAACGAAAGCAGAUUGAGGCCGAAAUGGAAAGUAGUGACAAUCCAUCGCUCUAUACAGUGAUUCCCGAGAAGAAGGGCGAUAAGAUUGGCCGCGAAAUGAUGGGUUCGGCGCAUACGUACGAUAUGACCGCCUCUACGCUCCGCAAAGGGCAAGGAGUGGAUGUGGCUAUCGAUCCGAGCGAUCUCGAGGCCGGAGUUAUGGACUCGGCGUCGAUGGCCGCCAAAUAUGAGCAGACGAUGAAAGAGCGGACAUCGCAUUUGGACAAAGAGGACUUGUCUGAUAUGGUGGCCGAACACGCGGCCCGACAUAAACGCAAGAAACCCCAGGACUCGAGUAAAUCUAACAAAAAAUAUCAGUUCAAGUUUUAA